GUGGGGGUGGUUGGUUGGUUGGAGAGAUCAUGAACAAGUUGUACAUUGGCAAUCUGAGUUCAAGUGUCACCGCCGCCGACCUCCAGCAACUGUGCGAGCAGAGGGAGCUCUGCAUCGGGGAAGUCCUCCUCAAAUCCGGCUAUGCCUUCGUGGAUUGCCCCGACGAGAACGCGGCGAUUAGAGUCAUCGAGACCCUGUCCGGCAAAGUGGAGCUUCAUGGCAAGGUGAUUGAAGUCGACUACUCUGUCCCUAAAAAGCAGAGGAGUCGGAAAAUUCAAAUCCGCAACAUCCCGCCUCAUCUGCAGUGGGAGGUAUUGGAUGGACUUCUGGCUGAAUAUGGCACAGUGGAGAAUGUGGAACAAGUUAAUACGGACAGUGAGACAGCAGUCGUCAACGUGACAUAUGAAACGAAAGAACAUGCAAAGAUAGCACUCGAGAAGCUGAACGGACACCAGUUUGAAACGUACGCUCUGAGGGUCUCCUACAUCCCCGACGAGGAGGCCAUGCAGCCCCCAGCCCCGAGGUCAAGGCGAGGAGCAGGGGUCCGUGCCAGCCGAGAGCACGGCCACUCGCCAGGACCCCCGCCUGCAUCCAAGCAGCUGGACGUGCCCCUCCGCAUCCUCGUGCCCACCCAGUUCGUGGGCGCCAUCAUCGGCAAAGAGGGACUGACCAUCAAGAAUGUCACCCAGCAGACCCAAUCCAAAAUCGAUAUCCAUCGGAGGGAGAACGCAGGAGCCGCAGAGAAAGCCAUCACCAUUCACUCCACAGCAGAGGGCUGUACAGCUGCCUGUCAAAUGAUCCUCAAAAUUAUGCAAAAGGAGGCACAGGAAACCAAAUUCACUGAGGAGAUCCCGUUGAAAAUCCUCGCUCACAACAGUUUUGUGGGACGGCUGAUCGGCAAAGAGGGGCGUAACCUGAAGAAAAUGGAACAGGAAACCGAGACCAAAAUAACCAUCUCUCCGUUACAGGACUUGACGCUGUAUAAUCCAGAGAGGACCAUCACUGUAAGGGGCAGCGUUGAGGCCUGCUCAAAAGCUGAAGUAGAAAUUAUGAAGAAACUCAGAGAGGCUUAUGAAAAUGACCUUGCUGCUAUGAAUCAACAAGCAAACUUGAUCCCGGGGUUGAACUUAAAUACCCUGGGAAUUUUCUCGUCUGGACUGCCGGUGCUUCCAUCCACAAGUCGGCCCCGUGGAGCUGCUUCUUCUUACAGUCCGUUUGCGAGUCAUCUGUGCUACCCUGGUGCCCUGUAUAAUACACCUGCAGUCGGUACAAUGGCCCAGCUGUAUUCUACAUCAGAGCAGGAGAUCGUCCACUUGUUCAUCCCGACCCAAGCCGUGGGGGCCAUCAUCGGGAAGAAAGGUCAGCAAAUCAAGCAGCUGUCCAAGUUCGCCGGGGCCUCGAUCAAGAUCGCUCCUCCCGAGGGACCCGAGGCAAAUGAGAGGAUGGUGAUUAUCACGGGCUCACCAGAGGCACAGUUUAAGGCUCAAGGUCGGAUCUACAGCAAGCUGAAGGAGGAGAACUUCUUCAGUCCCAAGGAAGAGGUUAAACUGGAGGCGAACAUCAAAGUUCCAUCUUCCGCAGCCGGGAGGGUCAUCGGGAAAGGAGGCAAGACGGUGAGUGGGUGUGUGACCGUCCUGACCCCUGUGUGA